AUGCUUGGAAAAGCCUCUGCUCAAGUUGUUCCAAAGACAAAUCAAACACUCACAGCGGGAGAAGUCCUCACCUUGACCUGCAAAGUCAACAGGGAAACCGUCAACAUAACAUGGAAAAAAGACGGAAAAUCAUUCAAAGAACGAGCAGCUAUAUUUACCCGAUUAAGUGAGAGAAGGAGUAAACUUGUUAUUACUGAGGUUGUAGAAGAGGAAAGUGGUGAAUAUUCUUGUGAAGCAAGAAACAAGCUCGGAAGUGUGGCUCACUCUUCUGUUAUAUUGGAUGUAAAAGGAAAAGCCUCUGCUCAAGUUUUUCCAGCGACACAUCAUUCACUCAGAGCUGGAGAAGUCCUCACAUUGACUUGCAAAGUCAACAGGGAAACCGUCAACAUAACAUGGAAAAAAGAUGGAGAAUCAUUAAAAGAACGAGCAGUUAUAGAUACCCGAUUAAAUGAGAGAAAGAGUAAACUUGUUAUUACUGAGGUUGUAGAAGAGGACAGUGGUGAAUAUUCUUGUGAAGCAAGUAACAAGCUCGGAACUGUUGCUCAGUCUUCUGUGAUAUUGGGUGUAAAAGUCUCUCCCCAGAUCAUUGCUCCUCUGACAGACCAAUCUGUUACCGAAGGAUAUCCUGUCAACUUUAGUUGCGUAGCCUCAGGUGUUCCAAUACCAACAAUUGUCUGGGAUUUUAACAAUGGUGACCUGCCAUCUGGUGUCAAUCAGACUGAUCAGGAAGGAGAGUCAGUCCUGGAAUUGCCACGUGUCACAAAAGAGAUGGAAGGGACUUACAAUUGUAAAGCUAAAAACAAAGAAAAUACAGCUAGUUCCUCUGCAGCGCUGCGUGUUUAUGAAAAAGCCUCUGCUCAAGUUAUUCCAGAAACAGAUUUAACACUCACAACGGGAGAAGUCCUCACAUUGACCUGCUUGGUCAACGAGGAAACCGUCAAGAUAACUUGGAAAAAAGAUGGAGAAUCAUUAAAAGAACGAGCAGUUGUAGAUACCCGAUCAAAUAAGACAAAGAGGAAACUUGUUAUUACUGAGGUUGUGGAAGAGGACAGUGGUGAAUAUUCUUGUGAAGCAAGUAACAAGCUCGGAACUGUGGCUCACUCCUCUGUGAUAUUGGAUGUAAAAGAAGCCCCUUCCAGCAGCUCACUGGAGUGGUACUACAUUGGUGGACCUGUGGCUGCUGUCAUUUUCCUCCUGGCUCUCACUGCAUAUAUUAAAAAUCGCCGUGCGACAGCCUUGCAAGAGGUGCCCACCAGGUUGAGUGAAGAGCAUGAUGAAGUUGAGAUGGAUCAGCUGAAGGGAAACACUGAUGGAUGGGAGAUUGCAGUUGACCGACUGAACUUUCGCGAGCCUAUUGGCAGAGGGGCAUUUGGCUCAGUAUGGCGAGCGCUACUGGGCCGGUCCCGUGGCAGACCUGGAAAUCGUACAGUUGCCGCCAAGUGCUACCUACCAAUCUCUGGAGAGCAAGGAAGGAGAGCCCUGCUGAGAGAGAUCGAGUUAUUAAAACUCUUUGGAAGGAUGGGCCAUGAGAAUGUUGUUAAGUUCAUUGGCUGUGUUACAGUUGGAG